CAACCUUACUAUUUUUAUGUUAUUAAAGAAAGUUUCGGCAAUGCUUCAGUGAAAAAUAAAAAAUGUUACAAGAAAAAGUGUUAUUUAUUGCAAACCCUAUUAUAUAAUUAUUAAUAAACAUUCCAUGGAAGCGUUAAAGUGUAAUAAUUGGUGAAAUAAUAUAGUUUAAAAUAAAGAAAUAAAUAAAAUCCAUGGCAAAUGGUUGAGAAAAUUUCAAUGCGGAAGUAGUUGUAGAAAGUGUGACAUAAAAAGUGAAAACUGCUGAAUUGACGACACAAACAUAAGUUUAGAACCUCUGCAUCAUAAAUAACAUAUUGUAAUAAAAUAAAUAUGAUUUCUUUAUACAAGCAUAGAAGUUUAAUUAAAUUAGUCCAACUAGAAAAAUCCAUAAAUUUACAUUCUGGACUUGAUCGUUGAAACAAAGAAGUGAAGAGGAUAGCGGGUGAAUAUGUGCGGAACAGAACGAGUUUGAAGAGAACAAAUAAACUUGUGUGAGAAUUAUGAGCAGAAUAGCGCGAGCAAAACAAAUGGCUAAAAAACGUGCCUUUGGAGCGUGUGGAGCAAAUAUUUAUGAGCGGCAAACGUAAAUGCAAUACCGGCGUGACGAGUGUAUAAUCCAAUAGCAGUCAUUGAAGAAUAGUACAUGUUGGCUGCAGACAUGGGAUACACAGCGAAUGGGGAGGGUGGUAAUAGCGGCAAAGGUCGUACUACUAACGGUCGUGGGAUGGGAGAUGACGACGAUGGGGGAGAUGAAGAAGAGAGUAACACGUUUUAUGAGGCAGUCAGUGAACCGGAUCUUUGCUUAGACACUCUUAAAAUAACGAAUGACGUCACAGCUGUAAACAAAACAAUGCAAAGUGCACGAGAUGUUGAGGAAGAUGCAGAGGAGAUCGAGGGUGCACAUUGUUUACCGCAGGCGACAGAUGUUAUUGACACUGAAUCUUCAACGCUCUUGGUAGCACAAGCUACGAAUGUGAUGCGCGAUGAUGUUCUCAUUGACAACAACUGCAUAUUGCAAGGAGAACAGGAGAGGAAAAAAAUCAAAGAAAAAGAUCACACUUUACUUGAAGAAAAUAUUUCAACACGUCCUAAUCGAAAUAAAAAUCUCAAAGACUUCAAUAAAAUAAACCAUACGAUUAUGCCUGAUGAUCAACAACAAAAACAACGUCAGCAGACUUUGCUCACAACCAAAUCAUGUGAAACGCCUGCAACUGCAACGCUAUCGCCAACAAAUUCACACAGCGAUAGCGGUAGUGUAAGUGGUGGCGCUAGACGCAAGUCGUGGACUCUUUCGCCGCAAAGUAACGAUUCUACACCACAAAGUGGCGCCAAGAAGAAAAUUAAAUCCACAACCCAAAAAUCACCAACUGCUGCACCUCUGUCGUCAGCAGCUGGUACAGAAAGUCUCAAUUUGUGGGUUGCACGCGAGUGCUAUGAAACGGUGCCAGCCGAGACGGUUUAUGAAGUCGAGGAUGAUAUACUUGCUGUGGAUGAUGAAGAGGCAGCAGUCGAAAGUUUACUUGGUGCUGCCGCCGCAUUUCAGCCGAAUUCCAUUAAUAAAUCAGUGCAACGCAGACAAAAACAUCUGCGUCAGCCACAACACAGACCGUUGGAACGUUCGUGGCCGCCUCGGGCAGUGGGAAAAGAUUUAAAUAUGCAAAGCGAUGUUUUCAAAUUUGAUAUACUCGAUAUAGAUGAGCGGAUUGAUAACUUGGGUGGUAUUGGGUGUGGCUCAACCGAAGGCUAUAGCAGCGCUACAAGUAGUACAAAUAAUUCUCCUUUAUUACUUCUCAACAAUGGACCUGCCACAUCCACCAGCCCUCAAUAUGAUUUGCCCGCAGGCACAAUGAAUCAAACGCCAGUAAAAUUUAAGCCAUUAAUUAAGAAAAAGAUUGGCCCAGAUAGUUACAUAAAUACGAUUACAACAAAAAAGGUGCCUGCUUCGGAAACCUAUGAAUUUCCAACAUUUCCUGUAAAAGAUAACUUAAGUUCAAACGCCACUAAUGCAACGACCAUAAACCAAUUUCCACAUAUACGUCAGCACAGACCACUAACACGCGCCAUGUCGAAUGGUAAGGGUGCUGUACCAUGUAAUGCAAUUAAUUACGAGGAUUUAGCAGUUGGUGGCGCACAUUCGCCGCGUCUGUUGCUCUCGCCAAAACGCCAACGCAGUCCACCCUCGGGUUGUUCGUCACGCAGUGCUUCGCCAUUGGACUUGAAUCUAAGCCCCGAAACGAGUUCGCCACCAACUCCACAGUCACAAUUUAAAUUUAGUGCCGGUUUGGGAAGUGGACCGUCAUCGCCUGCUACACAUAUACGCCCACAACAGCGUUUAUUGAAGCGAGUUGGUGGUGGUGUCGGCGCAAAUCUCGUAUGCCCACCCACACCCACACACCAUGCUCGUCGCCAUCAACGUUUACAAUCCAACACGUCCGCGUUGGCAGCGCCAGCUGAUAAUUCUUUAACCGGUGCAACAGGCAAUCAAAUGGAUUACAACUUGGCGUUAAUACCAAAGUCUCCACCGAUUGCAAUUGCUGCUGGCAUUAGUGGGGUGACCGAACAUCGUGCUUUAGAUGGUAGUUUAGUAGAAGCUGCCGACACAAACGGCACCACAAAUGAAGCUUGCAACACGCGUCUGCCAUCAAUACCGGAGCGUGGUGCUGCUGCAGGUUUUCUGCGUGGUAAUGCAGCAUUUGGUGAAGGAGAGACUGCCACCGAACCAUUACCGCCCGCAUGGGAGGCACGUAUGGACAGUCAUGGACGUAUUUUCUAUAUUGAUCAUACGACACGUACAACAUCGUGGCAGCGACCAGGUACGAAUGGCGGCGCAACACUAAAUGGUGCUGGUCGUGAGCACCAUCAUCGCCAACAGUUGGACAGACGCUAUCAGUCCAUACGACGCACAAUUACCAGCGAUAAUCGUCUCUCGCAUGCCACAGCUACUUUCAGUGCGAACGAUAGUUCUGCAUGCAACAACACUGCCAAUCAAUUCCCGAAUUCCAUACACAGUGGCUUACAAAAUGCGGGAAAUAGUAAUAAUUUAGCUAAUCCACAAAAUCACAGUCUUUCUGUGCACCCAGCUGUUGUGAUGCUCUGUCGCCCCGACUUCUAUUCUAUGUUGCACACAAAUGAGGAUGCAUUAUCGAUAUAUAAUCGCAAUCCUGCACUCAAACACAUGAUUAUACGUAUACGCCGCGAUCCGCAGUGCUUUCAACGUUAUCAAUAUAAUAAGGACCUCGUGGCGUUGGUAAAUACAUUUGCACAGCUUAAUCGCGAUCUGCCCUCAUGCUGGGAGACUAAACUCGAUCAAUCGGGUAAACAAUUUUUCAUCGAUCACAAUAAUCGUAAAACCUCAUUCAUGGAUCCACGCUUGCCCAUGGAAAGCGCACGUGUCGUACGUCAAAGGCAUCAGUUGCUUGCCCAUCAAUCGCCACAACUUUCAGCACAUUUUCCACAUGCUCAUCACACACACCAGCCGUCACAGCAUCAUCAUAAUUUCCAAUACGAUGCGCUCGAUGGAAAUUGUAUGUCGGGUGUACCGCCACUGCCACCGCCCAGACCGCCAAGCACUUUACGUAGCGGUCCAAAUGGCACGUUGCGUGGUGCCACUGGCGGCGCUAGCAAUUAUGAGCAAUACAACGACGUGCCUGUUGCAUACAAUGAAAAGGUGAUCGCCUUUUUGCGUCAACCAAAUAUUUUGGAAAUCUUGCGUGAAAGACAUGGUCAGCAUACCGUUUCACGUUCGUUACGUGAAAAGAUUAACAUCUUACGUGUAGAAGGUGUACCAGCCUUGGAGCGUUUAGGUCACGAUUUGCAGUUGACUAUUUUAUUAAGCCUGUUCGAACAGGAGAUUAUGAGCUAUGUUCCUAUUGAAGAACGCAGUCCACAGGGUUCGCCAGUGCUCAAUUCGCGCAUGCCACAGCGCGCACCGCCACCCUUCCGACGCGAUUUCGAGGCGAAGCUGCGUGGCUUCUAUCGCAAAUUGGAAUCGAAAGGCUACGGACAGGGUCCACACAAAUUAAAAUUGCAUAUACGUCGCACACAUUUGCUAGAAGAUGCCUUCCGGCGCAUAAUGUCGGCCAACAAGAAAGAUCUGCAGCGUGGACGUCUCGCUGUGCUUUGGGACACUGAAGAAGGCUUGGAUUAUGGCGGUCCAUCAAGAGAAUUCUUCUUUCUGCUCUCACGCGAGCUAUUCAACCCCUACUACGGGCUGUUUGAGUACUCCGCCAACGACACAUAUACCGUACAAGUCUCACCGUUGUCAGCAUUUGUGGACAAUUGCCACGAUUGGUUCCGGUUCGGCGGUCGUGUGUUGGGCUUGGCACUCGUACAUCAAUACCUAUUGGAUGCCUUCUUUACACGCCCAUUUUACAAGGCGUUGUUGCGUUUGCCCGUCGCGCUGAGUGAUCUGGAAUCGCUGGAUAAUGAGUUUCAUCAAUCGUUGCAAUGGAUACGCGACAAUGACAUCGGCACCGGCAUUGAUCUUGGUCUAACAUUUUGCGUCACCGAAGAGCUGUUGGGACAUGUGGUCGAGCGUGAAUUAAAGCCGGGCGGUAAGAAUAUAAUUGUGAAUGAGAAAAACAAAAAAGAAUAUUUGGAGCGUAUGAUUAAAUGGCGUUUGGAGCGUGGCGUACAAGAGCAGACGGAAUCACUGGUGCGUGGUUUUUACGAAGUGGUCGAUGCGCGGCUUGUUUCCGUAUUCGAUGCACGUGAAUUGGAAUUGGUUAUUGCGGGUACGGCGGAGAUCGAUAUCAACGAUUGGCGUCUAAACACCGAAUACCGUUCGGGUUAUCAUGACAACCAUCAGGUGAUCAUUUGGUUUUGGCAAGUUAUCGAGAAAUUCACAAACGAACAACGUUUACGAUUGCUACAAUUCGUGACCGGCACCUCUAGCAUACCGUAUGAGGGCUUCUCAGCGCUGCGCGGCUCAACUGGUCCGCGCCGGUUUUGUAUCGAAAAGUGGGGCAAACCGAAUGCUUUGCCACGUGCGCACACCUGCUUCAAUCGCUUAGAUUUACCGCCUUAUCCGACGCCCGAGUUGCUCUAUGAGAAAUUACUGUUAGCCGUGGAAGAAACCAAUACUUUCGGCAUAGAAUAGACGUGCGUAGCGAUUGUGCAUGCUUAGUCAAAGCGUUUAGUAGUUUACGCAUCAGUCGCAAGUUCAUCUUAAUGAAUUAAGUUAAUUUAUUAUUAUAGUAUCGUUAGUAUAAACGAAAGAAAAGUGAUAUUUUUUAUUACGAUUAUUUAUUUAUUUCCGUAUUUACGCAUUUACAUAUUUACACAAGUUACAUAUAUUUGUAAUAUUUAUUGUGAACGGGUUCACAUUUUUUGUAUGUAAAAUGCCGCAAACAAACCGCUUAAUUUAUUGGCAUUGUGUAUUUAAGAUAUUUAUUCUAUUGCGCAAAUGAGUGUUUAAUUGGCAAUCAUUUUAAUAUUUCAUUUAAAUUAGUGUGUGACUUUGUACAAUUUUUUUAUCGUUAAAGUGCUUUGUUUAUUUAUAAUUUUUAAUCAGCGGUCGAUAUAAAAAAAAAAACACUUGAAAUGAUAAAUAUCAGUCAAUGCGUCAUGUGAUUAAUAAUUGUGGCAUAGGUUAUACGUAAAUAAAUUUAAUUAUCGCGGAAUGCUUCCCCAAGUGCUAGAUAUUCUAUAAUGAAAUUAUGUAUAUUUUUUGGAAGGUCUAAAUUUUUUUUAAAUCUAUAUACGAGGAUAUACAGACAUAUUUCGGAAAUUUGGAAGUUCUCUGUUGGUUUAAAAAAAAUAUCUGCCAUUUGUUAAAAAUUUGAAAGAAAAAAAAUUGAUAAGAUAGGGAAGACUUAGUUAUAAACAUUUGUCACUUGUCAAUUUCGAUUUAAAAAAAUUUCUAGAAUAGUGAAAACUUAGUUCAGAAUUAAAAGAUAAUUUUGAAGUGAAUUGUCUUCUUUAAAAAUUUCAUAAAACUUACCUAGAAAAGUAGUUUUAACGGAAGAGUCACUCCUAAUUCUGAUUGGAAGUUAAAAUAUAAUUAUAUCGAAAAUUUCAAUUAAAUCAUUUUAAGGGGCCUGCUACACCUUCAAUAUGUAUCGUGAUAUUUGGAUCGCGAUCUAUAUUGAAUAUUGAUGGAUUACUUCGCGACUACUAGACUUUCAAUAUAUAUUAUGUCAAUAUUUAUACGAUCAUAAAAUUUCGGAAGAAAACCUAAGAAAAUCAGGUUUGGCUAUUGUGAUGUCAAUAGAGAAUGAAAAAAAUCAAAAAAAUAUGCGGGCUGUUAGAGCAGGCUUUCACAUGACUCUUCCUUCAAUAUUUCCACUUCUGAUCAUUUCUUUCAGAUCAGUUGUGUCGCAUAUACGAGUACUAAACAAGAAUUUAUAGCCUACAUUUCGGCGCAUUGAUAAAAAAGUGAGUUCAAAGAGGAGACUCAAAUGAGUUUAAAGAAGAGACAAAACUAUACAUAAAAACUAACAAAGACACUUAUGGUCACAGCUGAAUUUUAUUUAUUUAGUUGAAAUUAUUGCCAAUGCUGGCUUAAUCUGCUUAAAUCUGAAGCCUAUACCAACUAAUUUUAACAAAUGUGCUAAAAUUUACUAAAUGAAUUUAAGUGCAUAUAAGUAGCAUACAACAUUCCAAAUACUAGUUUUUACAAAUUGAA